ACAAGGCGUUUCCCAAUCAUAUCUUAUGAAAAAACAGAGGUUUAAGACGCAUUCCCUUGUUCUUCCUCGGUCUUGUGUUUGGUUUAGUACCUCUUCACUAUGUGGGCAACUGGUAGAAACGACAAAGAAAUCUCUUGCUCACCUUCAAAAUCAUCAUCUUCUUCUCCUUCUUCUCCUCCAUCUCAGAUCCAAAACCAGUCAUCCACCAAGAAAUCCAUGGAAGAAGUCUGGAAGGACAUCAACCUCUCCUCUCUCACCACUGAAAACCUCAACACCAACGACCACCCUUGCUUUCCAGUUCCAGCUACUCUCGUCCUUCAAGAUUUUCUAGCCAGGCCCUUGAUAGACAAACACCCAUCAGCCAGUUCUCGUCGCUCGUCAUAUCUUUUGCUGGAAGCUGCUUCUUCUGGUUCUCCGAGUUCAACUCCUCCAACCAUUUUGAGCUUGGGUUCUGGAUCUGCAGAUUUUAAGUAUCUUGAGAUCAGCAAUGACUGUAGGAGGCAGAACCACCAAGUAAUUCAGAGUCACCGCGUCAAUGAUAAUGUUACGUCCUUUUUUGAUUCUCCCCACGUCUCUACUUCCCAUGCUUUGGGCUCUUCUUCAGUGUUCCCUUCUUCGUUUUGUAGGAAAAGGGUUCAACUGAGAGACAAUGACGAUGAUGAUCGGCGGCAUAAGCGCAUGAUCAAGAACAGAGAGUCAGCUGCUAGGUCCAGAGCUAGAAAACAGGCAUACACACAGGAGUUGGAGAUUGAGAUUGCUAAUUUAUUGGAAGAGAAUGCCAGGCUUAGAAAGCAGCAGGAGGAGCUCCUGGCAGCCAAUACCCAGGUUCCAAAAAAGCUGAGUCUCCACAGAACCUUAACGGCACCAUUUUAAGAAGCAAGAACCAGUUUUAAUCAAUCCCAUCUUAUUUUCUUCUCUCUUUCCCUUUCAGUGCGUCACCACCCCGUCUAACUCCCCUUUCCCAGAAUAAUAACAAAGAGACAGAAACCAUUUCUUAAAUGGGAAAACAUUAAUGGGUUGAUUGAGGUUAGGAAAACAGAUACAUGUGUAUCAAGCUUUUGUUGAGGAGGUUGAGGCAAAGGUGGAGAGGAGGUGACGGGUGUUCUGUUACCUUUUUUUUAUCAAUUGGCUGAACCAUUGUCGUCUUGUCCGUGUCUCACUUUAUUCUUCUACCAAUGAGAUGCAAGUUUAGAUGGGAAUCCAUGAAAGACUGUAACUAAAGGUUGAUGGGAAGAGCAUUUUAAGAGUAGACAUAAACUUAGGUAUAAUAGCUGCUGUGCUUGCCUUAAACAAAACAUGUACAGUUAUGAGAUGGGACAUAUUUGGCUAUAUAUCAUUAUCAUCA